AUGAAAGGAUUAAUUUUAGUAGGAGGUUAUGGUACAAGAUUAAGACCAUUAACUUUAACAUUACCAAAACCAUUAGUUGAAUUUGGUAAUAGACCAAUGAUUUUACAUCAAAUUGAAGCAUUAGCUUCUGCUGGAGUAACAGAUAUUGUAUUAGCUGUUAAUUAUAGACCUGAAGUUAUGGUUUCAACUUUAAAAAAAUAUGAAGAAGAAUAUGGUGUAUCAAUUACUUUUAGUGUUGAAGAAGAACCUUUAGGUACUGCUGGUCCAUUAAAAUUAGCUGAAAAAGUUUUGAAAAAAGAUUCUUCACCAUUUUUUGUUUUAAAUUCUGAUGUUAUUUGUGAUUAUCCUUUUAAAGAAUUGGCAGAUUUUCAUAAAGCUCAUGGUGCUCAAGGUACUAUAGUUGCAACAAAAGUUGAUGAACCAAGUAAAUAUGGUGUUAUUGUUCAUGAUAGAGAUACUCCAAAUUUAAUUGAUAGAUUUGUUGAAAAACCAGUUGAAUUUGUUGGUAAUAGAAUUAAUGCAGGAUUAUAUAUUUUAAAUCCUGAAGUUAUUGAUUUAAUUGAAAUGAGACCAACAUCAAUUGAAAAAGAAACUUUUCCACAAUUAGUUGAAAAAAGACAAUUAUAUAGUUUUGAUUUAGAAGGUUAUUGGAUGGAUAUUGGUCAACCAAAAGAUUUUUUAAGUGGUACUUGUUUAUAUUUAACUUCAUUAUCAAAAAAACAUCCAGAAAGAUUAUCAAAAGAAAAAUUUGUACAUGGAGGUAAUGUUUUAAUUGAUCCAACCGCCAAGAUUCAUCCAAGUGCAUUAAUUGGUCCAAAUGUUACUAUUGGUCCAAAUGUUGUUGUUGGUGAAGGUGCAAGAAUUCAAAGAUCUGUUUUGUUAGCAAAUUCAGAAGUUAAAGAUCAUGCAUGGGUUAAAUCAACUAUAGUUGGUUGGAAUUCAAGAAUUGGUAAAUGGGCAAGAACUGAAGGUGUUACUGUUUUAGGUGAUGAUGUUGAAAUUAAAAAUGAAAUUUAUGUUAAUGGUGCAAAAGUUUUACCACAUAAAUCAAUUUCAGCAAAUGUUGAACAAGAAUCAAUUAUUAUGUAG